AGCGCUGUGAGCGCGAGGCCGCUUUUUUUUUGUUUUUGUUAUUUUUGUCGGCAGAGAUCCUGAUCGCUUUCGAUGCAGGUCGGCGGUGUCCGAAAGCGCACGUUAGUCUGCUUCAUAGCACGUGAAGGUAGUGUGUGACUGUAGGGUGUGACUACAGUGUGUAACGGUAGUUUUUGGGAUACCGUUUAGUGCGCGGUUCGGAGAGUACGCGUACACACGCACACACGGAAAUGGAGGGGGGGUCUUAAAGGGAUCUCUUUAAGAGAAACCGGGGACGUAGCGGUGAGAGAGUAAAGGAGAGGAGGGGGAGAAGAAAAAGGAAUUUAAAAAAGAAAAGGAAGAAAGGAGACAGGGGUGGGAGGGGUGAGAGUGAGGAAGAGAAAGAGAGAGAGAGAGAGCACCGCGAUUUAAAAAAAAAAAAAAAAAAAAAAAAAAAAGAUGUCAUCGUGCGAAGGGAAGCGCCGAGGUGGAGCGGGAGGCCGCGGCCGGGCUACGGCACCGCUUGCCCGGGUCACGGCGUGAACGCAACACCGAGGCUUCGACCAAAACACCCGAUUGGCCUGUUCGGGGCGGGCGGGGGGACGCCAGGGAAGGGGGACAAAAAUAACACAGAUUUAUCAAUUGGUUCUGUUUUUAAACCUCUUUCAACAUCCCUUAUUGUGUGUGUGACGGCUUAAAGCAGGUGUAAAAAACGUGCCAGAUCACGACGUUCUGCUGCAUGUUGUGUGUUUAUAACGCUGUUUAUAACGCUGUAUACCUAACAUUAACGCGUCGUGUGACGUUUCCGGCGGUUUGUUUACACAUAAAUGUGCAGCGAACACGGUGUUAAACCUGUAAUCAGUGCAGUGGCUCAAGUGCAGCAGAUAAUAAUAAUAAUAAUAAUAAUAAAAGGGUAGUUGUUAUGGAGGGUUUUGUGUGUUAGAUGAAAGCAGCAGGUCCUCAGGGUCGAGCCGAAAGCUUUAGUCUGUAGUUUGUGUCUUCACCUGCGGAACAACAUGGAUGCUGCGUGGAGCAGUUUUCUCUUCCAGACCACGCCCACCCAGACCCAUCUCGAGGGCUCUCUCCAAUCAGAGCUCAUGCAGGUGAACACGAGCUCUCCUCAGAGCCCGCCUACAGAACCCAUAGCCACGCCCCCGUCGACUGUAGACACCACCGUCCUCAGUGAGGACCCUGUACCUGAAAAGCUACCAGUUCGUCCAGGCCGUGCUGCUCAUAUCUGUGCCAUCUGCAACAAACAAUUUAAAAAUAGCUACAACCUGCGGCGGCAUCAGUCUGUUCACACAGGUGUGCGUCUGAAGGGAGGGUCUUCCCAGAACCGCGAAGGCGGCUCUAAAGAGGCCACCGAGCCUCUGUCCCUGCUCCACCUCAGCAUAGUUCCACCUGCUUCAGGGCUUCCUGUUCAACCUCAGCAGCAGCCACCGCUUACUCAUGACACCAGUGAUUUAGUCAUGACCAGCACAGUCACGCCUCUUCCCCCUCCCGCAGCAAUCGUCAUGCCGACCGGAGAGCCAGUCCAGCAGAGGCCGGUGAACCCAACCCCAAAUGCUAAUGUAGUGCGGAAAAACCAUGCAUGCGAGACCUGCGGAAAGGCCUUCAGGGACGUCUACCACCUGAAUCGGCACCGGCUCUCCCACUCGGAUGAGAAACCCUUCUCCUGUCCGGUGUGCCAGCAGCGAUUUAAGAGGAAAGACCGAAUGAGCCACCAUGUGCGCUCGCACCAGGGUGGUGUCGAGAAGCCCUAUGUGUGCCCGCACUGUGCCAAGGCCUUUUCUCGCCCUGACCACCUGAACAGCCAUGUCAGACAAGUUCAUUCUACAGAACGACCUUUCAAAUGUCCGACGUGCGAAUCGAGCUUUGCCACUAAAGAUCGGCUGCGCGCUCAUAUGAUUCGGCACGAGGAGAAGGUUCCAUGUCACAUCUGCGGCAAACUGCUGUCGGCCGCUUACAUCACUGAUCACAUGAGGGUGCACAACCAGUCACAACACCAUGCCUGCCACCUGUGUAACAGAAGUUUUACGACGCUCACGUACCUGCGCAUACACGCUCAGAAGCAUCACGGUCAGGAGUGGAAGGAAAGUGGCUUCGGAUCCAGCGGUUCUGUUCUAGUGUGCCAUUUGUGUGGCGUACACUGCAAGACCCUCACGCAGCUGCAGGGCCAUAUGGGUACCCACAAUCCCCCAGGCAGCAGCAGUGGAGAGGGCAUUUCUGAUGGCUCGCUGGCACUCAGUAGCAGCAGCAGCAGCAUGGCACCAUCAUCUGCUGUCUUCGUGAGCACCAACACCAUGGUGGACCUGCUGGUCACCGACUGUUCCUGCAUUGCACAGGAGCCACAGAGCUAGUACUGUAUGCCUGUAACACACAUCUGUAUCCAUAGACAUCUACAUACAAUCACACACACCCACACAAGCAUCCAGCUACCAAUCUGGACCUCUGUACAUACCUUUGUGGUGCACAGGACAUGUUUAUAAGAAUGGUAUAUACCAGGACUAUUCACUUAAAAUAAUCUGACUUGUUAAUUAUACUAUAAAAUAGUAUCAUUUCUGUAAUUGAUUUUCUAGCUAAAGUGUCUUUACAUUCUAAAAGCAAUCUGUAAAACUUUGGGAAAAUGUGUGACCUGGAGCUAGCAACUAAAGAAUUUUAACGGUCCUUUGGCAUGUGCACAGGCAGGUCAUGUAUGUUUCGCUAUAAAUAAGCAAGAAUUAUUAUAAAUAUUAUAAAGAAUAAAUUAAAUUAUUAAGUAUCGCUAAGUAUAUUGAUCUGAAAUUUAGUUUUUUGUUUUUGAAAAGUCUGGGAAGAAAUCCGCAAAAUAAUGAAAUGUAUUGAACAGAUGGAGACCUUCCUAGACAAGAUUUGGAGUUGCUACCAACAUUAGACAACCUCAGACUGUUGUCUUGUAGGUUUCCUUACAUGAGGACUAGCCCUGGUAUAUACUAUAUACACUCUCUCUCUCUCUCUCUCUCUCGCGCUCUCUCUCUCUCUCUCUCUCUCUCUCUCUCUCUUGCUCUCUCUCUCUCUCUCUUGCUCUCUCUCUCUCUCUCUCUUGCUCUCUCUCUCACUCUCACACAUACCAAUCCACAUUAUUGAGCAAAUACUGUGAAAAGAGCUAUUAUACAGCUAACUGAGUGUACAGACACACACACUUACCAAUUACACAGCCACUGUAGCAAAUAAGGAAGGGAACUCGGCAUGAAUGAACAAUACGCAUACGUCUCCACAGCACAAUUUAGAUUUUCAUUUUGGGAAGUCUGCGGCGGCUUCAACCACGGCAUGAGGGCAAUUAGACACUUAACUACAGUACCAAGUACAAUUGCACUGGCUUGAUUUCUCUCCUUUGUUAUUCUUUAAAUCUGUUUCACACUUACUGCUGCAGGAUACAACGAUACUGUGAUUGUGACUUUCUACUGUAUGUCCUAUUCUGCACACGCUCUCUCUUCCACACACUAUAAACCACAAAGUGAUAAAAAGGGGUUGAUUUUGAUGAAAAAAAAUUAUAAUGAUAAAAAUAAGAGGUGAAAUAAAAUGUGAUCAGAAGGAGUGACACGGGGGGUGGAACUUAAGAAAUAAUAGAAAUAAUCAUCUUAAUUCCAGAGAUGGAGAACCUUACACUAAACAUUAAAGACAGUUCUUUAGGUGUGUGUGUGUGUGUUAAAAAUGGCUUACUGAUUCUAGAGCAGUAAUGGUUUGGUGAAAAGUCUAUUUAAAAAAAAAAAAAGGAAAGUUGUAUUCAGGAUCAUUGUGCACCUUAAAAAGUGAACCAGGAAUGUUUUAUGUUUGUGAAUUUGGUUGUAAGUGACGUCUGGGAUUUUGUGCGUGUAUGUAUGUAUGUAUGUAUGUAUACACGCACAAAAUCCCAGACGUCACUUACAACCAAAUUAGUUUUUACAUAUAUAUAAACAAACUGAAUGCUUGGUUGACUCGGUUCAAUAGGAAACUACAUCUUCAUGAACUUCAAGCAAAUCAGAAACUGCUUAAAGAGGAACUGAUGCUUGAUUAGGAUUUUUUUCUGACUGCAAGCAAAAAAAAGAGCUCAUGCAAAAUGAAUGCAACUUAUUGCUUCUAAAAGAACUCAGAAGAAUUAUAUUUUGGUCAUGAUUGUUAUUCAUGCUGUGUUUUUCAUCUUGUGAAACAAGUGUUUUAAAGGAAGGGCUUAAUCAAACAACCGACUUUAUUACCCAGAAAUGAGUAGUCCACCUUUUUGAGAUUUUAAAACAAAAAAGAAGAAGAGGAAAAAAAAAGAUUUUUGUACUGGAGUGAUUAGUUUGAGCAGUUUAAUGUUGGUAAUGUACAUUGUGGUCAUUCACUAACUUAAAUUGUUUUUUUUUCUCUCUCUCUCUCUUUUUGUUGUUUGACCGGUAAUUGUUUAUUAAGCUCUGAAUCAUCUUUAGGUUAUUCUUCAUCUAGCACUAAGGUGAAUACCUCUCCUAUAGGAAUCAGUAGAGUUCCGGCACUGCAUCUCAAUGCCUUAUAGUACCACUCUUCCCUGUUUUAAUGAAUAAGACUCUAAAGGUAUUUUAAAUUGUAGGCUUGGAUUCAGUACGAAAUAUUAAUGGGAUGUAUUUAUAUUUAUAUUUUUAUAUUUCUCAACAGUAUGCAUGCCUAUUAGCAAGUGUUAGAGCAAAAAAAAAAUAAUAAUUAUAAUAAUUACGUUGAUGCUUACCAUGAUCAUGAAUAUAGUAUGUCAUUAUUUUGUAGAUUAUGUAGAUCAUGUUAUUAUUUUGUAAUUUUGACUAUUAAAAAGAAAGGCAAGUAAUGACA